ACAAAAUAUGUUUCUUACUGAAUCUUCAUUUCUCAAAUACGCAUACAUAAUGGAAGAGAAAUCAGGUUUCAAGAACUCGGUUUUAUAAGCUCUUUAAAAGGAAAGUUUCAAAUCCAAUGGUGACAUCUAUUUAAUUUAAAUCCAUGAAUCAACAGGUUUUCUUUAACAAGUCGUGAAUGAAGCCUUUUGUUUCAUUAAAAUAACAGUUAAAAUCCCUCCGCGUUUCGUUUGGCGUAUACCUUUCUCAUUUCUUUAAAAUAAAGAUGAAAAGAGAAAAACAUAACUUUCAUAUAUCCAAGAAUUGAAACGAACACCCUCGACAGUCCAUAUUAUACAGGAAAGAACAACAAAUCAUCAAAGUUUGGAAUUCAUUAGGAUAUUCCCGUUCCUAGCAAAAAAAUAAUAAAUUUCUUUUCAUUUUUCAGAAAAAUGGCGUGGUUUUAAUAAUACUUUUGUUCAUUGGAAGAAUGAGGUUAGGUAUGGGUAUAAAUUUCAAAAUCACUGUUGGAAGACACUUGUCUCUUUCCAACGCGACCUAAAAGAAGUGCUUGGUUGGAAAAUUGCUUCCAAAAAUUCAAAAAAAAAGAUUAAAUAUAAAUUUGAUAUAAUAGAUUUCUUAAAAGAAAAACUCUUUGUAAUUUAUUGAACAAAGAGAAGAAACUUGAAAAAUUUUUGGAAGAAGCGCUUCUUCAAUCUUAUUUAUUCAGGGUUUUAGGUUGGUUAUAGACUAGAAUUGUGUAUAUUACGGAGAUUUUUUAAUUUUAGGAGUGAAUUUUUUAUACCAUGUCGUCCGAAACAGCAGAUCAAAAAGUGAUUGAUGAACUUGAACGUGUUCUCGUCAACAAGGAUGGGAAAAGCGAUUUACCUUUCCGCUAUCGUGCCUUGUUCAGUUUGAAUGCUUUGGCUCAAAAAGGAGACAAGCGCGCUAUUGAUGCGGUUUAUAACGCUUUUGGAGAUGAGUCUGAAUUAUUGAAGCACGAGAUGGCUUAUGUUUUAGGACAAUCCGGUCAAGAAUAUGCGAUAGAACCCUUGACUAAAAUUGUCGAAGAUGCAAACCAGCAAGUCAUGGUUCGUCACGAAGCUGCUGAAGCAUUGGGUGCUCUUGGCUUUACCAAGAGUUUGCCUGUAUUGGAAAAGUACUACAAAAAUGAUCCUUUAGCGCCUAUUCGUGAAACUUGUGAAUUGUCCAUUGCCCGUAUUCAGUGGAAGAAUGGUCUCGACAAGAAUAACGAGAAGAUUACCCCAAGCAUGUACGACAACAUCGUCGAUCCUGCUCCUCCUAUGCCUGAUUCUUCAAACGAUAUUAAUAAAGAAAUAGAACAACUGAAAUCUGAACUAGUUGACCAAAAUCUUUCUCUGUUUUACCGUUACCGUGCCAUGUUUCGAUUGCGCAAUAUUGGUAACAAGGAAGCUAUUACUGCUUUAGUCGAAGGAUUUAAUGAUCCUUCUGAUUUGUUCCGUCAUGAAAUUGCUUUCGUCUUCGGUCAAAUGGUUGAUCCCUAUUCUGUUCCUGCUCUCAUCAAGGUGUUGGAAAACACUGAAGAAGUGGAUAUGGUUCGACACGAGGCUGCAGAGGCAUUGGGUGGAAUUGCUACUGAUGAAUGUCUUCCUGUUUUGGAAAAGUUUUCAAAGGAUAAUGUUCGUGUUGUUGCCGAAUCUUGCGCUGUUGCUCUUGAUAUGGUGAAGUAUGAAAAAUCUGGUGAAAUGGAAUACGCUUAUAUUCCUAAAGUCUCUUCAUAAGCUGUUAUUGUUACCAAGUUACAAAGUAUGUACUUGAAAAGGAAACCCCGGAAACGGGUAAUGCGUUUUUUUAUUUUUUUUUCAUUUUACCAAAGUAGUCUUUUCGGUUAUUUUUCAAAUGACAAUUGAGUUUUAAUUUUUUUUCUUUAGCAAUGAACAAGAGUCUUGUUUUUUAUUGAUAGUCUUCCC